GCUAUUUCGUCUCUCUCCCUUCAACAAAAAAAAGCCCCCAAACGAUUCUUCGCGAAAUUGUCUGCGCCUCUUCGUUCUCUCGCUCCGUCGUCUGUGAAAUCGAUUCAGAUACUUCAGGUUAAGGAUGUCAAGAGGUACAUACAUUGUUGGUGCUCUUGCGGGAUCUGCUGUAGUAGCUUACGUGUGUGACAAAGUUAUCUCUGAUAAUAAGAUAUUUGGAGGCUCUACCCCGGGAACUAUAACUAACAAGGAAUGGUUGGCUGCAACUGAGGAGAGACUCCAAGCAUGGCCAAGAACCGCUGGUCCUCCCGUUGUGAUGAACCCUAUCAGUCGCCAGAAUUUCAUCGUCAAGUCACGUCCAGAGUGAUUUGCCUUCUGGUGCAUCGUUCUCAUUCGUUAUGGAUUCAUUUAUGAUAUUUGCUCUUUUGUGUUUGAUUUGAGGAUCGGCUAAUUGCUCUAGCUGGUUAUAGUAAUAAUCUGUGUUGAUGGAUAACACAUUUAUUCAGACCAAGCUUUUCCGGAUGCAUGGCUUUUUGUAAGGUUUGUUGAUUUUGACGAUAAAUGAAAUUCGAGCCAACAAGACUCAGCUUAGCUUCCACAUGAUGGGUUUCCCAACUUAGAUUGAAAAAGUUGGUGGUUUA